AUGUCUAUAGAAGAAGAUAAAAAGAGGGGUCCAGAUGACGUAGUUUCCAAGAGUGCCGGUGACAAUAAGAAUGGAACCAUGACGGUGACCGCUAAGAAACCCAAAGUCAUCAGAAGAAAAUAUAAAGUGAAAGAAUUAGAUUCCACAUCUCCAAUGGGAGUAUUACAACAGCAUAUAAACGAUAUAUUAGCACAAAAUAACUUGACGCAGGAUGAUAUAUCUAACGACAUGAAGUUGAUCCUUAAUGAUAAGGAAUUCGAACAGAAAUCACACAGAAUUGAACGUGAUGUAGAGAUCGUGAGCUUAUCUUCUAGCGGUGAUGGAUUAGCAUUAAUUCCACAUCCCCACACCCAGGAGAAAAAACAAAUCGCAAUAGUUCCGUUUGGUUUACCAGGAGAUGUUGUUUCGAUUAAAGUGUUCAAAUCACACCCUACCUACGUUGAAUCGGAUUUAUUAGAAGUAAUCAAGCCUUCUGAUUUCAGAGACGAUUCAAAAAUCAACUGUAAAUACUUUGGGAAGUGUUCAGGUUGUCAGUUCCAAAGCGUUGACUAUGAGCAACAGUUGAUUUUCAAGAGACAAACCAUAGAGAAUGCAUAUAAGCAUUUAGCACCUCAGUUGUCAGGCACUAAGGAUGCCCUUCCAGCAGUCAGUGCUACCGAGCCUUCACCAUUGCAAUACAGCUAUAGAACAAAGUUGACCCCUCAUUUCAACUUACCUUAUAAAUUACCAAAGGGAGACUAUCCUGCACCCAUGUUAGGAUUUGGAGCAAAGGGGAGACCAACAUGGAGAGGAGAUAAGGCUAAAGGGGGAGAUUAUUCAGUUCUCGAUAUUGAAGAAUGUUCGAUAGGGACGGAAAUUAUCAACUUGGGGAUGAAAAAUGAGAGAGCUGUCUUCCAUAAGGACUAUAAAAAGUACAAAAAGGGUGCUACCAUCUUGCUUAGAGAAGAUACCAAGAAGGAAGGUGAGGAAAUUAUCAGUGCAUCCAGAACCCCAGAAGGUGAAAUAUCGAAAGUGGAAGUUGAACUUGAUGAGGGUGCUGUAAAGCUUGUCAAAUCUUGUGUAACUGACCCAAGACAAAUCGUCACUGAGUACGUCAACGGCUACACAUUUGAGUUCUCAGCGGGAGAAUUCUUCCAGAAUAACAAUUCUAUCCUUCCUGCAGUUACCAAUUAUGUUAAGGAAAACUUAACGAUACCGAACUCCAAAGAAGGAGAACCAAACUAUUUGGUCGAUGCUUACUGUGGAUCUGGGCUCUUUUCCAUUACUUGCUCUACCGGUGUGUCCAAGGUAAUUGGUGUCGAAGUUAGUGCAGAUUCUGUUAAAUUUGCAGAACGUAAUGCCAAGGCGAACAAUAUUGAGAAUGCUAGAUUCAUUCAUGGUAAGGCAGAGCAGAUCUUUGGCGAAAUCGAUACUCCAGCCUCAAGAACUUCAGUUAUCCUUGACCCUCCAAGAAAGGGGUGUGAUGACGUCUUUUUGAAUCAACUUUCUGAGUAUAAUCCCAGAAAAGUUGUGUAUAUUAGUUGCAACGUUCAUUCACAGGCUCGCGAUGUGGAUUGGUUUAUCAACAAUACCAAGAACGGAAGCAAGUACAUUGUUGAAAGCAUUAAAGGGUUCGAUUUUUUCCCGCAGACACAUCAUGUUGAAAGUAUUGCAGUAUUGACCUUAAAAGAGUAG